AUGAUCUUCGACUUCACCUUAAUAGCUAUUGCAGCUGUUCCAUCAUCAGGUGUGGUACAAGUCGAUCGCGACUACAGAGUGCCACUGUCAUUGCAGAUCGACCGCGCUUCACGCGCCAAGUUCGCAGCUCACUACUACAGUACAACUAUCUUCCGCAUGAGACGAUGGUCGCAAGAUCUUCCGCGUGGGCUCAAGUCGUUGCCAAUCGAGUACGGACGAGCUCUACGUGAUGUCCGCUGCACGUGCAGCUCGCCUUGCAACGACGCCCACGGUAUAUACGACAGAUGGGUCCUGAUUUUCCGGAGCUUCUGGCCUGGCAGAGUCGAGAACAAGGUUGGCGCCGCAGCUGUGAGCUUGGAAGCUACACGGCAGGUUGGCGACGACAAGGAAGAGAGGAUCAUCAUUGUGCCCUUUACGCUGUCGUUGGCAGAGGCGUGGAGCUUGAUUGAGAAUUUCUGGCAGCGGGAGUAG